AUGGCUUACAAUCUUCAACCCCUCAUCACCAUCCUACAACAAAUCUUGAAUCCUGAACAAUCACGCUGGAUUGUUGAUCACAACAAACCACAACUCGAAUCCCUCCUCCAAAAAGCUGCUUCUCUGCAGCAGAUUCUUGAAAAAUCUUCACCCUCCAAAAUCAUAGAUCCACUCAUUGUUGAGCACUUUAGUCAUCUUGCUUGGACCACAGUUUCACAAGAUUAUAAUAUGCGCUCAAUUCUAUUAAGCCUUCUUCAGUGCAUAACUGGAUCAGACUAUGAACAUGAGGGAGAUGGUGAGUUGAAAGAUAUUUUGUAUAAGAGCUUGUACGGUAGAAGAUACAUGAUUGUAUUAGACGAUAUUUGGAGCACCAAAUUCUGGGAUGAGAUAAGGAUGUACUUCCCGGACAACAAUAAGGGGAGUCGGAUUGUGAUCACCACUAGGGAAUCGGAUGUCGCCAAAUAUGCAGACUCCAAGAGUCUGCUUCAUAAGGUGAAGUUGCUGAGCGAGUCUCAAAGUUGGGAUCUUCUUAGCCAAAUUGUGUUUGGAGAAGAGGAUUGGCCUCAUGAGUUACAAGGGAUAGGAGAGAAGAUUGCGAGUGAUUGCGGUGGGCUUCCUUUAGCUAUCAAUGUGAUUGGAGGGCUGUUGUCAAAGGUGGAACGAUUGAAAGGUGUUUGGGAGAAUAUUGGGAACGAUGUAAGAGCUGCAAUUGGUGAAUCAGACAAGCAAUUCUCCAAUAUACUAUCCUUAAGUUAUAACUAUCUGCCGAUUCACUUGAAACCAUGUUUCCUCUAUAUGGCAGCAUUCCCUGAAGAUUCCGAGAUUAUGGCUUCGAGACUCAUAUGGAGGUUGGUAGCUGAAGGAUUUGUGAAAUCGAAUGGAGAUAAAAGUUUGGAGGAAGAGGCAGAGGAUUAUUUAAAGUCACUUGUAGAAAGGAAUCUAGUUUCGGUUAUUACAAGUUAUGAUUUUGAUGGAAAAGCAGAGAGGUACAGCAUGCAUGAUCUUUUGAGAGAUUUAUGCAUUAAGAAAGCUGAUGAUGAGAGGUUUCUACAUGUCAAGAAUUCGACCGAGCUCACAUUCUCUAACCAGCUGCGUCAUGUGAGUAUUCACACAUUAUAUGGAAUGGAAGAUGAUGAGUAUGCUUCUUCAUCAGAGAUGUCACUUGUUCGAUCAUUUAUACUAUUUGUCAAGUUGGAUAGGAAUGUAUCUCCCAUGGUUUCCACAUUAAGCUUGCUUAGGGUGUUGGAUUUAUUGGAAAUGAGUAAGUAUGAUGAGAUUGAGUUCCCGGAAGAAAUAUUACAACUUGUGAACUUACGCUACUUAGCUAUCAAUUGCAAGUCAUUGCCAAGAAGUGGAAUAUCAAGAUUGUGUAAUUUGCAAACCUUAAUUGCUGACCUAUUCGACUAUAGCUAUUACCCAGCUGACUUGUGGGAGAUGUCUGAGUUAAGACAUCUCAUCAUAUUAAGUGCAUAUGUGGAUGAAUAUCUCAUGAUAGAAGAUGAUUACAUGAAAAAAAUUGUUCUGAAGAAGCUGCAGACGAUACAUAAGAUGUUGCUAAGUCCGUCAGUGAUUAGAAGGGGUUUCUUGGAAAGCAUUCCAAAUAUAAAAAGCUUGCAAAUCUGUUAUGAGGUUGAAGGCUCAUGGAUGAGUGAAGUAGUUGAUCUGAGUCAUCUUCACAAACUCCAAACAUUAAGCUGGGAUUCAUUGUCGAGUCAAUGUUAUGUGCACGCACUCAAAUUUCCAUCUACUCUUAGAGAAUUAAAUCUGUGGAAUUGUGUAAUAACUCCGGCAGCGACGACGGCUCUGUGUGCACUACCGAAUCUGGAAGUUCUCAACAUAAACUUUUGUACCUUCAAAAGCAAUGAGACAGAAGAAGAAGAAGAAGAAGACGACGACGAUAAAGAAAACGAUGAUGAUGAAGAAGAAGAAGAAGAAGCAAACGAAGAGUGGGAAAUAGCAGAAGGAGAUGAAUUCAGCUCAUUGCAGAUUCUACUACUCAAUCAGUUAACGCUGGUGCGUUGGAGAGCUGAUGAAACCAACUUCCCUAGACUUCAGCAUCUCAUUAUAGGAGGUUGUAGGGAGCUAGAGGAAAUCCCCGCCGGCAUUGGAGAAAUCCCAACCCUCCAAUUAAUCCACUUAGAAUAUUGCAGCGAUUCUGCAGAGGCCUCAGCGAAACAGAUUCAGGAGGAGCAACAAUCUGAAUACGGAAACUACCAACUCCAACUUCGUAUCUCAAACUCCUAA